AUGGGAAAACUUCAUUCCUUUCUUCUUCUCUUAUUCUCACUUCAAUGUUGCUCCAUAGCCUCCUUUGCUUGGAGUGAGACAAACAUCAUUUCUGACAAAUAUGAACUUCUUGCUCUUAAAACCUUUGUCACUUCAGAUCCAUACAAUAUCUUAGCCAAUUGGUCUGUCUCUUUUUCUCCAUGUAAAUGGGUUGGUGUCACUUGUGAUAUUCACACUGAAAGAGUCAAUUCCUUGAAUCUUAGUGAUAUGGGUCUGACGAGCAUCUUAUCUCCACGGUUGGGAAAUCUCUCAUUUCUUAGUGAACUUGAUCUUAGUAACAACAAUUUUCAUGGCCAAACACCAAAUGAGUUUGUUCAACUCCGAAUCAUUCCAGUUGAGAUUCGAAGACUCGAGCAUUUGAAGAUUUUACAACUGGGAGCUAACAAGCUUUCAGGAAUCGUUCCUCAAAGAAUUUCCAAUUUAUCAUCACAUGAAAUAUUGAAUUUGUCUAACAACACUUUAUCAGGAAGCAUUCCAUAUCUGGUUGGUUAUCUUCCACAGCUAAAGAAAUUGUACCUUGAACGAAAUCUUCUUGUUGGUUCUGUACCAUCUUUAUUUAAUAGUUCAAUGCUACAACACAUUGCAACGGGAACAAAUCAAUUAUCCGGCAGUCUUCCAACAAAUGAGUGCUUUGGCCUACCAAAGCUUGAGACUUUUCUUGUGGAGGAGAAUUAUUUAUCUGGCAAAAUGCCCUCUAUUUGGCAUCAGUGCAAAGAAUUGACAAAGAUAUCAUUAUCUGAUAAUAGAUUCAACAGAGGAUACAUACCAAGUGACAUUGGAAAUUUGACCAACCUCCGACUUUUACAUCUUUCAAAAACAACUUGGAAGGUAUAA